ACCAUCAUCGGGUUUUCGUUGCGGUGGUUGCAUUCGUUGAAUAGAGAGAGUACUCGUUAGUUUGAGUGGUGCUUUUGGAUCGAUGUUUUAAGGUCUCGAGUCACUGUUAUAGUGACAGAGAUAGUCCCUCUGGUGUCCACUUUUACAAUUUUCCUUUCCCUAUCCUUGCAGGUAGGUGGCUCCAUCUCUUCGAGACUCUAAUCUCUAACAGCACUCGUCAAAAUCGUUGACGGUAGAACGAUUAUAUAUAUCGCCUUUGUAAUAGAUUUUCUUAGAGAUAAAACAUUUGACAUGAGUUUCUUUGUGAAUGGAGAAUCACAAGUUCCUCCAGGAUUCAGAUUUCAUCCAACUGAAGAAGAGCUUUUGCUAUACUAUUUGAGAAAAAAGGUUGAUCUUCAGAAGAUUGAUCUGGAUGUUAUCCAAGAUGUUGAUCUUAAUAAACUCGAGCCUUGGGACAUUCAAGGUAGACAAGAUUUGAUCUUCGACUUCUUAAUUUCUGCGACUGAGUUUAAUAUUUUUAUUGCAGAGAAAUGCAAGAUUGGAUCGACUCCACAGAAUGAUUGGUAUUUCUUCAGUCACAAGGAUAAAAAGUACCCCACUGGUACGCGUACUAAUCGUGCAACUGCUGCUGGAUUUUGGAAAGCAACGGGCCGUGACAAAGUGAUAUAUAGUAACUCUCGACCGAUAGGCAGGAGGAAGACGCUUGUUUUCUACAACGGUCGAGCUCCUCAUGGCCGAAAGUCCGAUUGGAUCAUGCAUGAAUAUAGACUUGAAGUUGAUGAUAACAUCGUCAAACCCAAUAUUGUGUCAGAGGGGUUAACACAAGAAGAGGGGUGGGCGAUUUGUCGAAUAUUUAAGAAGAAAAAUCAUUAUAAGACCCUUGAUAACACUCGGAUGAUCAUCACUAAUUCAUCGGACGAUAAAAAAUUGUUGAAUUCAUCGGAGGAAGGGACAUUAGACCAAAUACUCGAGUACAUGGGUAGUACAUGCAAGGAGGAAUUAGGCAUGCUGAUAAACAGUAGCCUCGAUCGAGAUAGAUUCCUUCAACUGCCGAGUUUAGAGAGCCCCGAGUACACUUCUCCGUGCAGGCCAAGUUUUAAUCAACCAGCGGCCGGUUGUCAAGAUUGGGUAACACUUGACAAGAUGGUGGCAUCACACCUCAAUGGUGAAAAUGAGACAAAUUCUAAGCAGUUAUCUGCUGGUUUUACGAGUUUUUGCACCAGUUCCAUUGAUGAUAAUGAUCAACGACUACAAUUACAGCAACAAAAAACGCAUGACGGUACUGAUUCUAAGUUGGAUUUUAAUCAUAAUGAUUGUGAUCUAUGGAGCUGCUUAAUGCGAUCAUCUUCGUCACAUUGCAACUUACCAAACGUUCCCCAUCUCUAAGAUAUUAUAUAAUAAGUUUACGCGCGUUUAAGUCAA